AUGAGCAGUCCAUCGCCCCAUAAGCCUCGGCGCAGGGCAGGAAAGAAGGGCAACGGAAACGGCGGAGGAAGCAGCUUGAGUCCUGCGGUCGACAACCAGCUCUCUAAGAAGGAAGCUCUGGUCAAGGUCCCCGUCUUCCCAUUGGCCUCAUUCCUGUGGCCUGCUCGAGGCUCCGUGUCACAAUGGGAGGUCCUGCCCUUGAUUCUCAUGGUCGUUGGCCUUUUCAGAUGGGCCGCUGGCCUCUGGGGAUACUCUGGCUUCCAGAAGCCGCCCAUGUUCGGAGACUACGAAGCGCAAAGACACUGGAUGGAGAUCACGACGCAAAUUCCCGUUUCGCAGUGGUACUUUCAUGACCUCCAAUGGUGGGGUCUCGACUACCCGCCCCUGACGGCAUACCACAGCUGGCUCUGCGGCAAAGUUGGCGCCCUCAUCGAUCCCUCCUGGUUCGAGCUGUACAACUCGCGUGGAUCGGACGACCCGACGCUCAAGAUCUUCAUGCGCGCCACCGUCAUCGUCUCCGAAUAUCUCAUCUACAUUCCCGCCGCUGUCAUCUUCGUCCGUCGCUUCUCCAGACACAGUGGCGUGCCUACGUGGACUGCGUGGAUGGCCCUAGUCGCAAUCUUGUUGCAGCCAGGCACCAUACUCAUUGACCAUGUUCACUUUCAAUACAACACCGUCAUGCUCGGCUUCGUUCUCGCAAGCAUGUCGAGUAUGCUGGCUGGCCGCUAUCUCUGGUCAGCAGUCUUCUUUGUCGCGGCGCUCGGCUUUAAGCAGAUGGCUCUCUACUAUGCUUUCUCCGUCUUCUCUUUCCUCCUGGGAAGCUGUGUCUUCCCUCUGAAGCCGGGUCGCUUCAUUGGCAUUGCGCUGGUGACUGUUGCGGCCUUUGCCAUUCUGAUUGCGCCUCUGGUCCUGGGCACACUCUACGAUGCGCGCCGAGGUAUUGAUGCGCGACCCGACUACGACGGACCGCCUCCUACCCUUCCUUUGUUUCCCUGGCUGACCGACAUUCUGGACACGAACGCCGUCUACUACCCGGUUGUCGAGCAGCUUGUGCAGAUGGUCCACCGCAUUUUCCCUUUUGCGCGCGGCCUCUUUGAAGACAAGGUCGCCAACUUCUGGUGCGCUCUCAACGUUGUCGUCAAGCUCCGAAAGUACCCCUCCGAGCUUCUUCAGCGCGGUGCUCUUCUGUUGACCACCGCAUCCAUCAUCCCGCCGAACCUGGUCCUCUUCUUUCGCCCGCGCAAGUCGCUUUUGCCUCUGGCUUUUGCGACAACGGCGUGGGGCUUCUUCCUUUUCAGCUUCCAGGUUCACGAGAAGAGCGUUCUGCUUCCCCUGAUGCCCAUGACCCUCCUCUUGGCCGGCAAGCAGGGACUUUCGCGCGAUGUGAGGGCGUGGGUUGGAUUCGCCAACAUCCUGGGCGUUUGGACAAUGUUCCCCCUCCUUAAGCGGGUGGACCUCAGCGUCCCUUAUGCAGUCCUUACUUUGCUUUGGGCCUUCCUCCUCGGACUGCCUCCAACAUCGUUGAGCGCCUACUUCCAGGAGGACCACUCCGCCUUGCGAAAAUGGGCCACUUUCCUUCUGCACGGUGGUUUCUACAUUGUCAUGGCUGCUUGGCAUGUGGUGGAAGCUACAGUCCCGCCGCCUAUCGACAAGCCCGACCUUUGGGUUGUUGCAAAUGUCGGCUUGGGUGCGGUGGGCUUCGGCAUCUGCUAUCUUUGGUGUCUGGGCCAGUUGGUAGCGCAGAGCGACAUUUUGACGAGGGGUAGCACAAAAUCCAAGGCGAAGAGCCAGUAG